AUGGUUUUUCAUGCCAAGCAUCAUUUGAGAUCCACAAGAACUCCUUGUCCUGUUGAUGUUCCCAGAGGCCAUUUUGCAAUCUAUGUAGGGAAUGAUGCAGAAGAAAAGAAUCAUGAGAAACGGCAUGUCGUGCCCAUAUCAUAUUUGAAGCACCCUUUGUUCCAAGACUUGCUCUACAAGGCAGCUGACGAGUUUGGUUUUGAUCAAUUGGGUGGCAUUAGACUUCCAUGCUCAGAAGAGGAGUUCACUAGUCUCACUUCUCGAAUAAAUUAG